UUCGAGAUCGAGUAGCUGAUCUCUGUCCUCCUCCACGAUCAGUACUGUAGCAUGGCGUUCAUGGCGAGCGGCAGGUUGAUGAUGGCUCCGACCAGAGCAAGCUUCGUCACUCCCCGCAGCUUCUUCAACUGGGGCAGGGGCGCCAAAGAAGCCGAUACGCCGCCGCCGCCGCAGUUCCAGUACCACGACGUGGAGCGGCCGUUUCCCAUGUCGCUCGUGGCCAAGACUCACCUCAGAGGCCGGGAGCUCAGCUGCUGCUACCGGGCCACCGUGGACGGCUUCGGCGCGACGGACUUCCACCGGCGGUGCGACUUCAAGGGCCCGUGCAUCGUCGUCGGCUACACGGCCGGAGCCGGCUCCGUCAGGUUCGGCGGGUUCAGCCCGGAGGGGUACCGCAGCACGGACGACUACUACGACUCGCUCGACGCCUUCCUCUUCUACUGGCCCGCCGCCGACGACGACGAGGCCGGGCCCGUGGUGCUGCCCAAGGUGGGCGGGAGCGGCGCGGCGCUGUUCGACUACGCGCGAGGCGGGCCGCAGUUCGGCGCCGACGGGCUGCUCAUCGGCCCGCCGCUCACCGCGGUGAUGGGGGUGUUCACGGGGCCCGACGCCAGCGUGGGCGUCGGCGACCUCCGGCGCGCGCGGUCGCGGCUCGGGCUGUCGUACGCCAGGAGGGCGGACGGCAAGGAGAGCCUGUUCGGCGACGACUCCAAGGCCGACCUCGACGAGGUGCUCGUCUUCUGUAGCCCGCAGAUCGCGAGCAUGUACUAGGCUACUAGCUAAAUUAGCUUAGCAGCGAGCUAACCAGUAAAUGUUAACGCUGAACAGCUUUUGUAAAUUCGUUUUUCCAGAUUCUGCGUGUACACAUUCAGAUAGAGAACAGUUCCAUAAAGUUCACGCCGACGGCA